AUGGCACCGUUCGAAGCUCUUUAUGGGCGAAUAUGUAGAUCACCCAUCGGGUCAUUUGAUGUUGGUGAAGUAGAGUUGUUAGGACUAGACCUGGUCUAUCAAGCUAUGGAGAAAGUCAAGUUAAUUCAGGAGCGUCUGAAAACGGCUCAGAGUCGCCAGAAGUCUUACACAGAUGUAAGGCGAAGAGACAUAGAGUUUCAAGUGGAUGAUUGGGUGUUUCUUGGGUAUUAUGAUUGGGUGUUUCUUGGAGAAUUGGUUGCUGUACAUCCAGUGUUCUAUGUAUCCAUGUUGAGAAAGUGUGUAGGAGACCCGUCGUUGGUUGUUCCUGUGGAUUCUAUAACUGUUAAAGAUGGUUUGACUUAUGAAGAAAUCCCUAUAGCCAUUCUUGAUCGUCAGGGUCGCAAGUUGAGGACUAAGAAAGUUGCCUCAGUGAAAGUUUUAUGGAGGAGUCAGAAAGUUGAGGAGGCUACAUAG